AUGCCCUUCCAAUUGCAGGGGAAGGGGGGUUUAGAUAUUGCAGCUGCAGCUGGUUUCCAAGAAGCUUGGAAGCUGCUUGAACAGAGUCAAGAGGAGGAGAAAGUUCAUAGCUUUGGAAGCACAGAGCCCACCUCAGUUCUUCAUAUGAGAAGGAGUCCAAGCCCACCCACAUCGGCUUCCACUCUUUCCUCCUCCUUCAACAACGGCGGCGGCGGUGGGGACAACACUGCCACCGCCACUCCGACUGCCGGCGAAAAGGCCUCUGAGUGGGCUAAUGAGCUGCAGCCAAUCCCAGCGGGACUCGAGAUUGUUUCUUCCAGAUGCGGUCUAGGGUUGGACGAUUGGGAGAACAUGUUGUCGGAGCCCACUCAGGAACAGUCCCUACUCCGGUGGAUCUCCGGCGAGGUCGACGACUCCUCGUUUGGUCUCAAGCAACUCCUCCAGAACAACAACAGCAACAACAAUCCGUUGGAUUUCGACGGCAAUGGCGGCAGCGGUGGUGCUGGAGGAUUAGGAAUUGGAGCUGGGGUUUCCAGCAUUGGUCCCAAUUUGGGUGCUUUCCCUGCUUCAGGGUUUGUCGGAGCUCAUGGGAAUGGCAGAACUGCUGGUGGCUUGGUGUCUCCCAGCUCUUCUUCUUCAUCUGGGUUGGUUCAUUUCAAACCUAAUAAUAGUAGCGUCGGUAAUGAUCUUCCUUCUACUAUGCAAUAUCAUCACCCACAGCAGCAGGAGGAGAAGCCACAUGUUCUGAACCCUAUGAUGAAUCAACACCAACUGAAUUCUCCUCAAGCUCCAAGCUUUUUCCUGCCUCUGCCGUUUGAGAAUAAUCAUCAGCUUCCUCACCCCAAGAGGCAGAAUUCUGGUGGUAGGAUGGAACCCAUUUCUCAAAUGAUGCCAAAGCUGCCGUUUUCAGAUCCUGGGCAUCAUGAAUUGUUUCUCAGGAAGCAACAGCAGCAGCAGCAAUUUCCUCCAGGGCUUCCUCCAUUUCUCCAACAACAUCACCAGGGCAUUCAGCAGAACACCCUGGUGGGGAAGAAGGAAGACCCCGGUGGAGGGCAGCAGCACGAAUUGCUUGACCAGCUCUACAAGGCAGCAGAGAUGGUAGGGACAGGGAACUUCACUCACGCGCAAGGGAUAUUGGCGCGGCUCAAUCAACACCAACAGCUCUCCCCAAUUGGGAAGCCUCUCUAUAGGGCAGCUUUCUACUUCAAGGAGGCUCUCCAGCUUUCACUCGGUCACAACAACGUUAACAACAACCUGGUCACCAGCCAUCCUAUCAUGCCUCGAACCCCAACCCCA